GGAGGCGGGGCCGCGCACGGGAGACGGUCACGAGCAGCGCCAUGGCGGAGUUCAGCAUCGACCAGAGCAACCUCCCCGCCGUCAACGCAGUGUGUCGUCAGUUUGCAGUUCGCGAAGAUCACAGCCUUGCCCACAAUCUUCAGGAACAAGAGAUUGAGCAUCACUUGGCAUCGAACGUGCAGCGAAACCGCUUGGUUCAGAAUGAUCUGCAGGUGGCCAAGAAGCUACAAGAGGAGGAGAAUAGGAAAGCCCAAAUCCGCCUUCAGAGGCACCAACGACAAAUGGAGGUCCAUGACAAUCAGAUGGCUCGGGUGAUUCAGGACGAGCUGUCUCUGGAAAAUGAGAAAAGACGGCGCCAGGAGGAAAAGGAUGAGGCAAUUGCACGUAAACUCCAAGAGAAGGAGGAAAAACUAAGACGGAAACACCAGCAGGCUGUCGACCGUGAACCAUCGGAGGCUGUCUUUGAGGGAAAUGGAGGCCAUGUGAAAAGUAGGGUGCACAAACCUGAUAGAAGCAGCAGGCUUGCCAGUGGCUGCCACAGGGGCAGAGAUACAGGGGACUCCCUGCUGAGGGGAGCAGUGGGAGGAUCGAGUUCAAAGGUUCAAGUCAAUGACUUGGCCCCUGAGCCAGCAACACGUGGCUCCACUGAGAGGCUGCACUGCCCAGAAGCCGACUGUGAAGACAGUCACCCAGACUCUGGAAGACACAAGGUUGAGGGCUUCAGCCCCAAGAAGGAGCCCCCAAUGAGACCACCUCCUCCAGUCAUAAACCCAAGCUCCAGCUACCACAGCAAGGGCGCUCGACCCAAGGUUGUUGGCCCGAGGGACGGGUCCCACAACUCACCCGAUCAUGGAGCUCACCGCCAGAAGCACAGGGACAGAGCAGGGCGUGACUGUAGCCCAGAAGUGCUUGGGGCGUGUGGCUACAAUGCAGAUGAGCUGAGGGGACGACAGGGAGCGGACGGAGAUGGUGGCAAGAGGAGGAAGGCGCGAUCGCGCUCACGGGACCUGCAGCUAAGCGAAGAGGAAUGCUCAGAACAAGGGCUGAAGCCCAGGAUAGAAUAUGGAGUGAAUGACGCCAUGCAUGGGAUUUCGAGAAUGACCACCAAGGACCUGGAGUGGAAGGAUGCAGAACUGGCACGGAAACUUCAGGAGGAAGAGAUCAGGGCUACUCAAAUUUCGGAGAGAGCAGCUCAGUUGGCACAAGACGAGGAGAUUGCUCGGUUACUGAUGGAAGACGAGAAGAAGCAGGUCCACAGGAAAUCCAAGGAGAAGGAUUCUGCACGAAGGGCAGAGGAAGACAGGAGGAAAGGUUCAUCUGACUGGAGGAAGAACGAAGUAGAAAGGAAGGUAACUUGCACUGUGCAUGACACCAGCGAGUAUGUCAAGCCCAGGUGGGACGAGUUGGAGUCAUCAACCGUGAAGCCCGAACGGCCAGCCAGGCCUCCUGCCCACCGAGCGGGGUCUGAAGACUUGGACCACAGGCUCAGCUCACAGCGUCCUUCACGUCCUGGCCCUAGGUCUGCAGAGUCCUCACAGAAAGUUUCCUAUUACAGGCAAUGAUUGAGAAAAACCGGCACUUGCAUGAACGAAGGGGAUUCAUAUUUCGAGAGUUUCGUCAAUUUAUAUCCAGUGUGGAUUGGGCCAGCAGAACUGGAGAGAUUGCUUCCCUUCGACUCAUCAAAGUGGAGAGAAACCCAAUGGACUUUGGCAUAGCAGACCUUAGUGAGCCAGUACACAGUUCCGGUUUUGCUUUGCGGAAUAGAAUCUUCAAAUGUAAUGUGUUUGCACAAAUAACUUGAGGGAACUUCUAAAAUAUUUUGGUUUUAAAUUAACAAUGUUAAGUUGUAUUAACUUUUUGUAUAUUUUUUUUGUUUCUAACCAUUUAACUGGGCCUUUCAGUUGAUCUCUGCAGUAUUGUGCUCAUCAAUUGGAAUGGCUUGCAUCAGCACCAAAGAUUGGCUCUCGUGAUGGAAGUCUGUGAUACUUCUCUCUCCUCUUGUCCCUCCAGCUCUGCCUCAUGUUGAUGAGGCCAUCAAAUUCUUGGAUUGGUUUAAUUUGACUGAAUGGUUGAGUAAAUUCAUGACUUGUUAUUGGAGGGAUUAACACAUGAUGUGCUGGUGAGAGUUGGUGCUACUGUUAGGAUUCAAUCAAACAGGCUUCGGAGCUCAAAAAUCUUUGCUGCAUUGGAUGUAAUUUGGUCCAUUGUGACCUUUCUGUUAUGUUACAGUAGAAAUGUUACUGCAUGUGUAAUUAAUUGCCAUAUCUCUGCACUUGCUGCCUCAAGAAAUGCAUAUAAUGUUAUUAUAAUCAACACUUUUGCAUAUCUAUAGCAUGUUUAAAAUCCUGCAGUUAAUACUCUUCCCAUCAACAUUUACCCAUUAUAAAUUUCUAUGUCCACAUCUAAAUUUGAAAUUGCCCACUUAUUCUUGCUGUCAUUGUGGUUCCUAGAGUUGUAGAAGCUGCAGUCUCAGUGGCAAUGGUCUGGUGCAAGUUUGUGAUGUGGCCAUAUUAUUUUAUAAUCACUAAUUUUCCAGCCUAAAGACUGCUGGUUGAAUCUACCUGGCUGCAUUCUAAGGGAAGGAUGUAUGAACAGAUUUUGAUUGUGGAUUAGCAAAGACAUCCAAUGGUGUUCUACUGUGUGACUAAUUGGCUCGUUGGAAGAAUGCUUUAUUUGAAAUGCGUUAGGAUCUGCACGACUGGGUUCCUGCCAUGGCCCGUGGCAACUACACAUCAGUCCCCACCUGCACAUUCAGUGGGUGAGACUCCUUCCCCUCGACCGGGCCGUUUCCCAAUCCCAUUUCCAUUGUUGGAUGAGCAGCUCCUCAAGAAAUGCACAUCAUGCUACUUCACUCUUCCCUCUUGGGUAAUGAAGGACGGGAUGUUCCUCAGUGUGUGUCACGGACGGUGUCACAGUCACGGACGGUGUCCAUUUCCACCCAACCUGAGUCUCCAGGGUAAAUGGGACCAGCCUACUGUCUCCAUGCAGUGAGGGACAAACCACAGGCUCUGUUCAGUUGUUACCUGGGAAAACUUUUGUUCUAAAUAUAGGAUCUGCACAAACUGGUAAUGUUUCAGAGGAAGCCAAGGGCCGCAUCUUCCUCCAGAGAUGCUGCCUAAACCGCUGAGUUAAUCCAGCUACACAUAGCAGGGGAAAGCAGACUUAAUCCUAACCACCGUCCUGCUGUCCACAAAUUGUCACAAGCCCACCCUUCACCACAGUUAAAAAUGGCUCUCAAACCCAUUAUGAAUCGAAUGACCUUUGCAUAGAUGUGUAGGAAAUAGUUGCGACAUAAUAUGCGACUUUUGUAUGUUCUCUCAGGACCCCACGUGUCCCUGUGAAUGAAGGUGCUGCCUGUCCAGGCAGUGCUGCAUGCUGCAUGUGUGUUUGUGAAGCCAAUGUAAGUCACUGAUGCAUGUUGUGUUGAGGCUGCGUGGUGUAUGUUGGGCAGCUGGUGUGAGCAGAGGCUAUGAGCUCAGGCCGUUCACCUCAGGCACUGACCAGGGUCACUCGCAGUACUAUGCAAAUCCUUUAGAGACAUGAAACAGCAGAUGGAAUCGUAAGCAACAGGGCAGCCCAGUGGCACAGCUGGUAAAGCUGCCUCCUCACAUCGCCAGAGACCUGGGUUCGAUCCUGACCUCACGUGCGGUCUGUGUGUGGAGUUUGCACGUUCUUCCUGUGAAACGUGUGGGUUUCUUCCUGGCACUCUGGAUUCCUCCUACAUCCCAAAGACGUGCAGCUUUGUAGAUUAAUUGAUCCCCUGUAAAUUGCCCACGGUGUGUAGGGAAUUAAUGUGAAGGUGGGAUAGCAUAGAAGUAUACCCGUGAUUGAUGGUCAGCGUGGGCCGAAGAACCUUUUUCCAGGCUGUAGCUAUCGAUCAAAAUAUGAAGUGUUGGAGAAACUUGGCAGGUCAGGCAGUAUCUGUGGAAGGAAAUGGGCCUUUAGCCUUUGUCACUUACUCCACCCAUCUGCCAAUCACCACCCCGCUCACCUGUACCCACCUAUCACUUGCCAGGCUUUGUUUCCCACCUCUUUCUUCCAAUUUUCUCCCCCCUACUCCAUCAGUCUGUAGAAGGGUUCUGAUUCAGAACAUCAUCCGUCCAUGCCCACCAGAUCCUGCCAGACCCGCUGAGUACCUCCAGCACUUUGCAUUUUGCAAAUCUUUUAAUCCAAUCAUCCAUGGAAAGCUCGAAGGCUAAACAUGGUAGGAAAACGAGGCACACUUGUCAUGGUACACAGUCUCCAGAUUUAGUUAGCGCCCAGCGUUUCCCUGGGAAAGGGGGAUCCAGUGGGAUAGGAGCCUGCAUUACAGCCACAUUGACGCAGGUACGCGAUCCUGCUACUUCACUCUGAUCUUCAGGGAAGUUCUGCUCCAUCUUAGAAACAAAGUUAAUUGGAUUCCAAUAUGAACAAUUAACGAUCAAAUGGAUUUAACUGUUCCUGUGUUUCUGUGUACCCACCCAGUCUGGAGAGACCAAAUUACAUCAAACUGCUCAGAGACUUUCACUCACUUUGGUGCUGGUACUCAGGCUCUCAUGUGCUCUCGUUACCACCAUGCUGUCCUGUCGAGAUCAGUCAUUGCGUGUCUCUCUAUCUGUCUCUCUGUGUCCGUCUCCCUGUGUCCGUCUCUCCCUCUCUGCUCUCUUUCUCUGUCUCUCCCUCUCUGUCUGGCUCUCUCUAGAUAGAGACUAUGUCUGUCACUCUCUCUCUCUGACUGUCUCAGUGUCUGUUUGUCUGUCCCUAUCUCUAUCUGUCUGUCCUCCCCCCCCCCCUCUGUCUCCCCUCACAGUCCUGCCUCAAAGCCUGCUGCUCAACGCUUUAUUUUUGAUCCCGUUUCACAUGUUGCUCUCCAUAGGAUUGGAUGUCAGUGUAGCCUCUUGUAUGCCCUUUAUGUCAGGGAGUAAGUCAGUGGCGAAUGCACCAGCAACCCAGAGGCAUGAGUUCAAAUCUCCUGUGGAAUUUAAAUUAUGUAAAUCAUCUUGGAUUUCAAAGAGAUGCUGGUUAUCGGUUAUUGGUUAACCCUCGAUGUCAAGCUCCUCACCAAUCCCCAGACUUUCCCACCCACCAAGGCUCCAUCACGGUGCACAGUAACCAUGCCCCCUUCCCGCACCUAAAACUCCCAAACACAUCGUCGACUUCCCCAUCCAAAGGAGCUCUGCUGUUGGUUCUGUGCUCAGAGGUGGGACCCAGGUAGGUAAUUUGGGAUUUUGCAGGUUUAAUUAUUCUCCAGUUGGAUUUUCCAUCUCUCGUUUCAAUGCACAACCCACAUACAACUUGAGAUUUCACUUCCAUCACCUCCAGGAUGAGUAUGAUGCAAAGUAAAUCAUUCUUCAAAGGGUGAAUUUGUGGUGAAGAAGCAAUUUUGUCUGCUUUUGCAGGGGAGGUAUGUUGUGCCUCUGGUAUUUGUAAUUCACUCAGGACACCUGUGAUAGGACUCAUCAAAGCAGCUUUUACUUUCAACCCACGAGUAGUGCUUCGCUUGCACUCUCCUCCUGACAAUGGCUUGUGUCCUAAAGAGGCACGGCUGUGGUGAGGCCACAUCGCUGGCUCCUGUCUAGGCUUGUGGCUCAGGAAAAUUAAAGCCAAAGACUGGGGUCAAAUGUAGUCUCAUAGUUUCAUUCUUCAGAUUGAGAAUCCUAGACAUGUAUCAACAUCAGGAAGUAGAAUAACUCUAGGGUUUGUUGAUGCCAUGUUUUAAGCUUUGAGGCUUAGUAAGUGGUGGGAGUUGAGGGGGGGUGGGGAGUGGUGAAGUGAUGCGAAGAUGCAGUUAGAUUGGAGCCUCCGGCCAGUGUACUCCGAGUAAUGUUUGAAUGCUCUCUUUGCUCAAUGUCACUGUCUGACCUCUGCUCCUUCCAGCUGAUUUAACACACACAUACACACAUAUAUAUCUAUAUAUAUUCUAGAUAUGACCAAAUAUUAUUGUUGAUAGCAGCAUUUAUUUGCCAAAUUAUUACUUUGUGCUGUUCUGAGCACACAUCAUCACAAGCUCUGAUCUAUGUUUAUUAACUAUAUUACCACGUUACCGAUUGCUAACAAACUGCUUCUGUUAAUUGGAUUCAGAUUAUUUUUGUACAUCUUUUUAAUUGUUUGAUAUUGUCAACAACACUUGUGUGUUUUUCUGACAAUAAACUCAUGAAAUGCUGCUUGA